AGAAACCAGAUUUGUUUUGUUUAAUUUAUUAAUCCUGAAUUUUCCGUUUCUCUCUCUAUCGUCUUCUACUCCUACUACUCUUUCUUUUUUUUUCUUUUUUCUUUUUUUUUUCCUGGCAAACAAACAACAGGUAAGAAACAACAUCAAAGAGAGGAUAAACUCCUAUAGAUAUCCAUAUCUGCUAGAAGGAGAAUAUCCACUAGAGAAUUUCAUGGUCCUUUCACUCUCCUGAUUCUCAACUGCAACUAAACUCGGAAGCAGACCUCGAACGUAUAUUUUGAAGAUAGAUCAGGAAGUAUGCACCAAAAAUCAGAAAGUACAAAUCUAUUAGACUCCAAUACAAACAACAGUCAACAAUACACAACCGGUUCUCAAGCUUGGCGGUGCAGUAUUAGACGUGAUGCUAUCUCAGCAAAUGUUUUAGGGGAAGGCACAUCAUAUUUAUCUUCUCCAAAGCACCCAAAUGGUGGUCGACAGAAUCCAGCUUGUGCAUUACAAGAUAAUGGUGUAAAGGGAAAGAGAUAUGACACACAUAGAGUGAUGCAAACUACUAUAUUGCCGAAUUCAGAUGGAAAUUGUGGGCAGGAAAGCCAGCAUGCAGUAGCCAUAAUGCCACAGACAAUAGGCGAGUAUCUCACACCCCCCACACAAAUGGAACUUGUUGGCCACUCCAUUGUUUGCGGAUCAUAUCCAUCUUCAAAUCCAUAUUGUGGGAGCGUUUUGCCUGCUUUAGGUCCUCAGGCUUUGGUACCUUCUCAUCUAUCUGGAGAGCAUCAUUCUAGAAUGGCUUUGCCCAUUGAAUUGACGGAGGAACCUGUGUAUGUAAAUGCCAAACAGUACCAUGGGAUUCUGAGGCGUAGACAAUCACGUGCCAAGGCUGAGUUGGAACAGAAGCAAGUUGUUCGAAAGCCCUAUCGUCAUGAAUCCCGGCACCUGCAUGCCCUUAGAAGAGCCAGAGGUACUGGGGGCCGUUUCCUCAAAACAAAUAAGGUUGACAGUGCUUCUGGUAUUGCCUCGCGUUCCAGCAGCUCAUUCUAUUUUGAAUCAGCGCCGUCUGCAAAUGCUGAUUCUUCCACGGCUCAGGAAGAAGUGAAUGAACUACCAGUACAAAACAUGCAUAGAGUAUCCACAUCCAACUGCAAUGUCAAUAGUUGCUAUUCACACAAUCAGGCUUCUAAAUGUCAACGUUCUAUCUAUUUUUAACAUGUGUUUUGCAAGCACUACUGUAUAAAUGGGUUUUUAAUUUUUAUUUAUUUAUCUUUGUGUAUCAGAUUUGAAAUUUGAGAAGAAAAUUUGAAAAGCCCAAAGUGAAAUUCUCUAUUUUGCGGAAGACGAAUGCUGAGCUCUGUGUUUAAGUGUAGUGUUCUGGGUUGUAAAGUCAUCAAGCCUCAUGAAGUAUACGUUUGUGCAUAUAUAGAAUUAAUAUAGACAAGUGAGUUGUAGAAUGAAGCGUUCUCCAAGUAUUGUGAAUUGAGAGAUUGAAAAUCGAGUGCUUUGUAAUAUAUUGAAGUUUUGAUUAAUUAGUAGAUAAGUUUUGUGAUUAUGAAAUUUUAUGGAUUCGUACCGAGGGUACUGUGUUACUUUAUUAUUUGAACAACAAUUGUAAGUAAUUAUGGAUUUGACA